CCGAGCAGAGGCUGACUUGUGACACUCCUCUGUCAGCAUGGAAAACAGAGCUAAGGGCAGACUUUACUAAAGAAACCUCAAAGUUCAGAUCAUGGACUCCUCUACCAACAGUCUGGAUGACGUGUCUGCAGACAGCAGUGCAGAGUUUCCAGACCGAGUGUCCAUGAUGGAGGUUCGUCUGCAGGCUCAGGAGGAUGAGAUCACGCUGCUCAAAGCCUCAUUGGCAGAUGCCUUGCGGAGGAUCCGCCUCCACGACCAGCUGCUGCCAAUACUGAAACAGCAGCUCAUUGCAGUGAAUCCAGCUGCUGCUCGAGUCCUGAACCAGGUCUGUUGUUCUGAUGGGUGUAACAGCAGGAAGCUGUCAAGCAGCUCUACAGGUGACGGGAUCAGACCGUCUGCUCACAGUCACCCAUCAGACUCAGUGAGUCCUCCUAACGGACACAUCGGGGGCCCUGAGUUGCUCAAACAAAGACCUGGGCCUGUCACUCAUGAUAGAUCCACACAGACAGACUCUACCCCCCUGGCUCAGGACCGCACCCUUCUGUCCAGACGGGUCCAGAGUCUGAAUCUGGAGGACGCCCUCCCUCCUGGUGAGCCCUUGGUGGAGGGGAUGCGGGCGAAGCUGCAGUGGGAGGCAGGGCUGGAGGAAGAGGAAGAGGAGCAGGAGGACGAUGAGGAUGGGGGAGCGGAGCUGAGCUGGACGUCAUCGGUGGAGGAGCCAAUCCAGCCGACCACGAUCCGAGGUCUGCAGAGGGAGGAGUUUCAGGACGGGAGCUGCUCCCCUGAGGACCCGGGAGGCUCCACCCCCUCUACCAGACCAUCAGAGCAGAACCAGAACUCCCGAUCAGGACCGCUUUCCCCGAUCCAGGAGGGCGAGAAGAAACCACUGGUUCGGAGAAACAGCGAGAAACUCGGAAACCCCGAGAAACCGAGGAAACGUCUGGACAAGAAGGCAGCGUCCUCAGCGAACCUUCUCACCCGCUCACCGAGCCUGGAGAAUCGAGCCAAAGAGCUUAUGGCUGGUUCAGGAUCUCCAGGGUCCAGGAGAGGAACAUACAGCCAAGGUCACUCCAUUAAAAUGUUCAUCCGGGGCCGUCCCAUCACCAUGUACGUCCCCUCCAACAUCCAGAACUAUGAGGAGCUGAAGAUGGAGCCGCCAUCGGAGAGGCUGGAGCUAGACUGGGUCUAUGGAUACCGGGGGCGAGACUGUCGAGCUAAUCUGUACUUCCUGCCAACUGGCGAGGCAGUCUACUUCAUCGCCUGUGUCGUUGUUCUUUAUCACAUCAACAACCAAACACAACGACACUACCGCAAACACACAGACUGUGUCCGCUGUCUGACGCUCCAUCCAGACAAAGUACGAGUGGCGUCAGGUCAGACAGCGGGCGUGGACAAAGACGGCAAGCCUCUGCAGCCGUGUGUUCAUAUCUGGGACUCGACCACGCUCGCCACCCUGCAGCAGAUCGGUUUAGGAACCUUCCAGAGAGGAGUCGGAUCAGUGGCUUUUUCAUUCGCUGAUGGUGGAGCAUCUCUGUGUGUGAUCGAUGACUCCAAUGAGCACAUGCUGUCUGUCUGGGACUGCACCAAAGGAACUAAGCUUGUAGAGGUCAAGAGCACCAACGAGGCGGUGUUUGCAGUAGAGUUUAACCCCAGUGACAGCUCCAACAUCAUCACCUGUGGGAAAUCCCACGUUUACUUCUGGACGCUCAACAACGGACAAUUCACCAAGAAACAAGGAAUAUUUGGAAAAUACAAGAAGCCAAAGUUCAUCCAGUGUUUUGUGUUCAGCCUGACCGGAGAUGUUCUGACAGGAGACUCUGAGGGAAACAUUCUGACAUGGGGAAAAUCUGCCGCUGACAUUAAAACACUUGGGAAAGGAGCAAAAGAGACGUUUCAGAUCAUGCGUCAGACGCGCGCUCAUGAAGGCAGCGUUUUUACGCUCUGUAACCUGCAGGGCGGUGCUCUGCUCAGCGGAGGAGGAAAAGACAGAAAGAUCAUCCGCUGGAGCGCUGACCUGGCCCCUGAGAGAGAGUGUGAGAUUCCAGAGAAGUACGGCGCGGUCCGUACCAUCGCAGACAUCGACGGGGAGGAGCUGUUAGUUGGGACAACCAGGAAUGCUGUCCUCAGAGGAACCUUCUCAGACGGGUUUGUGGCCAUCGUACAGGGUCACGUGGAUGAGAUGUGGGGUCUAGCCGCUCAUCCGUCUCAGAACAUUUUCCUCACCUGUGGUCACGACCGACAGGUGUGUCUGUGGAACACUGAGGAGCACAAACUGGACUGGAGCAUCAGUCUGGAGGAGUAUGGUCUGUGUGCUGGUUUCUGUCCCAACGGUUCGGUGGUUUCAGUCGGACUGAACACGGGAAGGUGGUUGGUUUUAGACCUCAAGACCAGAGAGGUGGUCUCUGAGUCCACAGACGGGAACGAGCAGCUGUCUGUCAUGAGAUACUCGCCUGAUGGUAGUUUUCUGGCCGUGGGCUCUCAUGAUAACUUCAUCUACAUCUACACUGUGACAGAGAGCGGACGGAAGUACACUCGCUAUGGGAAAUGUAACGGUCACUCCAGCUUCAUCACUCAUCUGGAUUGGUCCAAAGAUGGAAAGUACAUCAUGUCUAAUUCAGGAGACUAUGAGAUCCUCUACUGGGACAUCGCUGGAGGCUGUAAACUGCUGAGGAAUCGCUUUGAGAGCAAAGACAGAGAGUGGGCGUCAUAUACUUGUGUCCUCGGCUUCCACGUCAUGGGUGUGUGGCUGGAGGGCUCAGAUGGCACAGACAUCAACGCUCUGUGUCGCUCUCACAGUGAGACGAUGGUCGCUGUGGCCGAUGAUUUCUGUAAAGUUCAUCUCUUCCAGUAUCCCUGUCCUAAACCCAAGGCUCCGAGCCAUAAGUACGAGGGCCAUGGCAGCCACGUCACCAAUGUCUGCUUCACCCACAGCGACUCCCACCUCCUCUCCAUGGGGGGGAAGGACACCUGCAUCCUCCAGUGGAGGGUGAUGGGAGCAGGCAUGGCCGACAGCAGGGAUAGACUCACUUCACCUUCGUCCACGUCCACCAGCUCUCCAGAACCGGCUAACGGAUAAAGACCGAUCCUGGUUCCUGUCGGUGAUGGAGGGGGGCGUGUUUAGUCGUGUUUACAGAGCGUGAGAGGAUGAAAUCAUCCUCUGAGCUACAGCGCCGCGUCAGUUUGAUACACAACAUUGCCAGGAAUCUUCUUUACAUGACGCUGUGACCGUGGAGUUAAACUGGACGCUGUGAGUCUUCGUGGUUAGGAGGCGAGGACGAUCAGAAGAAGUCGUGGUGGAGAACGCGACCAGACUUCUGUAGAGACUUUAACUAGAACAUCUCUGUUUCUAUCAAACUUACCAAAGAGACGCUUCAUGGUGCUUCUUAUCGAGCCUUUAAAGAUGUUAUUCUAACAUUUUUACUUGUUUUUAAUGUCUGAGAGGAUAAUUCUUAUGUUUUUAGACCUGGGCUGUGUUUUUAAGAAGAUGGUUUCCUUUAUAGAGUCACACUGGGACUGGGAUCUUUUCAUCUGGACUGAUUGGUUCUGUAGACACAUAGAUCAAAAAUUCAAAAUUAAAUAUUUAAUAUGACCUUUGGUCCAUUUUGUGUUCUUAACAAGUGAUAGGGAAGUUUUCCUUAAGAGAGCACAAGGGUUUAAUGUUCUUUAACCAGCGGGCCCCAUGGACAAAAUUGUCCCAUCACAGAAUAUGGUAGCCCCUACUCGACUUCUGCCUCAAUUGGCUUGGAUUUUGCUCUCCAUCUAUCCUAGCAUUUCCAGAACUGUUAUACCACUGAGUCAGUGAUCCCCCAACGUAGAGCCCAGGUUUUAAAACACGUGUAUUAUUCUUUCAGCUGCUUGGUGCUUUUUGACAGCAGCUUCUGCUCCUGCUGUCUAAAUGCACUUCCUCCUCUCUGCCAUGUCAGCUGAUAGUGGAGCUGUUUUAAUAUUAAUGUUUGCAUUAAACAGACUGUGACAGAUCAUCUCUUUACAUCUCUACAUCAUUAACGUUCUCACUUCAGUAUCUAACAGUGAUUAUUUUAGUACUGUUUGUAUAUUUAAGAGAAUAAUGGGAUGUUAUAAUAAAGAACUGAAGACUG